GACUUUUCCCAUUGGUUUAAAAGGGGGAAAGGGGAAAAAAAAGCAUCACGUGCCCGCCUCUUCCUUCAGGCUGUGCGAGGAAGCGGCUGAGGAACAAAACUGAGCGGCAGGCCAUUUGUUCAGCACCAAUACUGCUGUGGAAAUAUAACUUUAUUUGGAGGACGACAGUAGAUUUGCAUAUUUAUACCAGUUAAAGUUGAGAUCACUGUGGACACCCUGUGGUGAAAAUAGGCAUGAACAGUCAGGUACUGGAAAAGAUGGAGUUUAAAAUUGAAGAUACAUGGAACAGCUUACCAGUGAGUCAUGAUCCAGUAACAAUCAAGUUGACAGGUGAAGAUGCUGGAAUGAUGAUAGAAGUGUGUGCUCCAUUUUUUAACGAUCCUCCAGCUCCUCCUGGUGAACCUGGAAAACCAUUCAAUGGACUGUGGGACUAUGAGGUUGUAGAAGCUUUCUUCUUGAAUCACCAAACUGAGCAGUACUUAGAAGUGGAGUUUUGUCCGCAUGGGCAGUAUCUGGUGUUGCUGCUUUCUGGGAGACGGAAAGUGUGCAAACAAGAACUUCCUUUAAUGUUUGAAGUGUCGAGAACGUGUGCCAAAUGGAACGGAAAAGCUCAUCUUCCUUGGAGUUAUUUUCCACCAGCUACUCACAAAUUUAAUGCAUUUGCAAUUCAUGGGUCAGGAGUUAACAGAACGUAUGAAGCCCUCUACCCUGUACCUCAACAUGACAUUGUGGCAAAACAGAAACCUGAUUUCCAUCGCCUGGAAUAUUUUAAAUGCCUGAACCUGAAACUGUUAAUGGGAGAAGAUUGGAAGCAACCAGAAUCAGACUUGUGGGCAUCAUGUAAAUGCAACUAAAUAAAAAAAACAAAAGGUAGGCUACCAGAUAGCUUAAAGUAGGUGGUUAGACACUGAUGACCACUGCCUAAUUGUAGCACUUAUAAGCAUUCAGUGGAUCAAAUCGAAGUG